CUUGCCCAAAGUACUAUAGUAGUUGCACAACUGGUCUGAACCUUUACGUUUCUUUUCUUUUUUAUAACUUACUUUUAUUGGCUGGCUGAUGCUACCGGGCUUGAGAGGUUGUUUGCACAGUGAGCCAAAGAUGAAUAGCAGAGGACUUGAACCUCAGCUAAAGGACAGUACUCUAGUUACUGAGCGAUCAGCAAGUGGAUCUUUUGAAAGUCAUGAUCUUCUUCAAAAAGGUUUUUCUUAUGUGAAAAAUGAACUUUUGCCCAGUCAUCCUCUUCAAUUGUUAGAAAAAAAUUUCCAGCUCAACCAAGAUAAAAUGAAUUUUUCCACACUGAGAAACAUCCAGGGUCUGUUUGCUCCACUAAAAUUGCAAAUGGAAUUCAAGGCAGUGCAACAAGUUCAGUGUCUUCCAUUUCUUCUAAUCUUAAACCUUUUACUGGAUAUUUUGAGGGGUAAUGAUGAGACUAUUGGAUUUGAAGAUAUUCUUAAUAACCCAUCACAAAGUGAACUAAUGGGAGAACCACACUUGAUGGUGGAAUAUAAACUUGGUUUACUGUAAUGUAGUGAGCUGACCAUGGAAAUGGAGGGGCUACAUCUUGUUUAUAGUCGUCUUUUUACUAUAAUUUUAUGUACACAUUAAAAGUACUGACACAUGUAAAAAAAAAAAGAUUUUAUUGAUUUGAGAGAGAGGGAAAGGAAGAGAGAGAGACAUGGAUCACCUGCCUCCUGCAUGCACCCUUCUGGGGAUCAAAACGGCAACCCAGGCAUGUACCCUAACCUGGAACUGAACUGGUAACCUCUCGGUGCACGGGACGACAUUCAACCAACCGAGCCACAUGACCAGGGCUGAACCCUUAGGUUUCUAACUUUCCGUCUAUCAGAAUUUCUGUCACAGGGGUGUCUCUCAAUCCCGACUACAU